AUUGAAUCUCUCUUCGCACUUAUAAUCAUAGUCAAUAGAUUCUUGCGAUAUCCUCCACCAUGUCCGGCCAAAGCAAAGAGUACGCCGACAUCAUGGGCCGAGAAACCUCCUUCGGGACCUUCCUCUUCAUCCCCCAAUGGUUCUCUACCCUGCGACUAGGCUCAGUCGGCUACUUCGACCGCACAGGCGAAUGGAACGAAAUCACUAACCUGCUCGAGGAAGGGCAGGCCGAAAAGGACGGAUUCAAGCCAUUUAGCCACGACCUGAAACUGCGCGACGUCCGUGAGACCCAUUGGCAGGCUGGAUCCGCCGAGACCGAGACAGGCCGGAGUUCCCGCCUCACCACUGAAGCCAGCGGUGCUAUAGCUGCUGCGCCCGUUGAGGCGUCCGUCCAGGUUAAAACGAACUCGUCGACGACGGGCAGUGCGGCGCUUAUCACGUCGUCUGUGGUGCGGAACUAUAGGUUUCAAGGGGACUUUAAGGGACCAAUCAAAGAUUGGGUGGAGGAUAACGCCAAGGCACUUGUUGAAAGAAGAAGUGAUAUCGAGACGCAAGGACUGUGGGCAGUUAUGGGAGCAUGGGUGACGGACGAGUGCGCCAUCAAGAUGACAAGCGGGAAGAAUCAGGAAAUUGACGUGUCGUUCGACCUGGGCGCUACGGGGAUUGGGAAGCUGGGUGCGGGCGCCGGGGCCUUUGACAAGCUUAAGCGGGAGGGGUGGUGGACAUAUCCCAAGAACGAGAAAAGCCAGGGCUACGUUGUUUCGUUUGUGGGAGUUGAGUACUCACUUCGGUCUCUCCACAAGCUGAGAAGCACACCACUCAAGGUUUAUAAUGAGACAAUCAGCCUAACCCCUAAACAAGACCAACCUGGGUCCACGGAAAAUGAGCAUCGAAUGGCGCUGUUAAUAAAGUUAGCGCAACUUCAGCAAAUUGAGAAUAAGGAGGAGAAGGAGGCGGAGCUGAAAAGGCUGGCAGAAGAGUAUCCCGAGAUACACGAUCUUCGUUCAAAGUCUCAGUGAG